AUGAAAGUAGUAGGUUUGAUUAGCGGCGGAAAAGAUAGCUGCUACAAUUUAAUGCAUUGUGUGUCCUUAGGACACGAGGUUAUAGCUUUAGGAAAUCUGUACCCUGCAGGAGGAAAAGAUGAGAUUGAUUCGUUUAUGUAUCAAAGCGUGGGUCACGAUAUUAUUCCUUUGUAUGCCGAGUGUUUAAAUUUGCCUUUAUACAGAGAAGAAAUCCGAGGUAGCAGUAUUGAUCAGAGCCUAGACUAUACUUAUACUAUCAAUGAUGAAACGGAAGACUUAUAUCGCUUGUUGAAGCGUGUGCUCGAAUGUCAUCCUGACUUGGAAGCCGUUUCUACAGGAGCCAUUUUGUCUACUUAUCAGAGAACUCGCGUAGAACAUGUAUGCAAACGUUUGGGUCUUAUUAGUCUUUCGUACCUAUGGCAAAUGGAGCAAACGAAAUUAUUAGAUGACAUGAUCCAAUCUGGUCUACAAGCAGUUUUGAUAAAGGUCGCCGCCAUUGGAUUAACCAGAAAAGAUUUGAACAAAACUUUAGGAGAAAUGCAGCAAAAGCUCAUGUCUUUGAAAAGUAAAUUUGAUCUACACCCAUGUGGUGAGGGCGGGGAAUACGAGACAUUAGUCUUGGACUGUCCAUUAUUCCAAAAGAAAAUCGUGUUGACAGACACUCAUAUAGUGGAACAUUCUUCUGGAGAAGUCUGUUAUUUAAAAGCAAUAGCUCAUGUGGAGGAAAAGCCCGAUUGGAAGCCUGUUUCAUUAGGCACACCCUUGGUCCCCAAGGAAGCUCUCCUAGAAGACUAUUUUCAAUCUAUCUACGAAAAAAUUUUAAAUGAUUAUGAAGAAUAUGAUAACUACGAAGAGGAACCUGUCCAGCCUGUUCCUAUUCCGAUCCGAAAGCAUAUCUUCAAACAAAAGAAAGGCCCUUUUCUGGUCUUGGGAAAUGUUAUUCCAAAAAGUACGAAGUUUGACUCCUUUGAAGAAGAAGCAAAUAGUCUCUUUCAAAACUUGGAAGGUCUUCUUGCUGAACAUUCCUACACUACUAAAAAUGUUUGCUUUAUUUUCAUUGCGGUAUCAUCUAUGAGCCUGUUUUCAAGUUUAAAUGGCGUUUAUCAAACAUACUUUAACUUCAUCAAUCCACCAAGUCGUUCUUGUAUUGCCUCCCCCUUGAGCAAUGGCCAUCGUAUUACUCUUACUUGUAUUGCCGCAGAUCCUGCCGGAAAACAAACCCUUCACAUUCAAGGCCAAAGCUACUGGGCUCCUGCAAAUAUAGGUCCCUACUCACAAUCCAAUUCAAUACAUGGGGUCACGUUCAUUUCAGGACAAAUAGGAUUAAUUCCUUCCGUUAUGGAUUUGCAACCUCAAGAUACGGUUUUAGAGGCGGUUUUAUCACUUCAACACUCUGUGCGUGUCGCAACAGCAAUGAAAGCGAGCCAUUAUGUUACCUGUUUGGCUUAUAUUAAAGACUCAAGGGAUGCCUCUUUAAUAAAUAAAAUUUGGACUGAUUUUACAGAAUUGAAAAACAUUGAUUGCCCUCUUUCAAUUGCACUUGUGGAAGAAUUACCUCGAAAUGCUUCUGUCGAAUGGCAAGUUUUAUGCUGCAACGGAUCAGAAGAUGAACCUGCUCCCUUGAGUGCUAUUAUUACGAACAAAACUUUGAUUGGGUCCGAUGCCGCCUGGACAACAGCAUUGCUUGACAGAAAAGCUUUGCAGUUGGAAUCCUCGUUUGCUCACCACCAGAGUCCUGUUUUAUACUCCCUCGUUUUGAAUUCUCCGUCAUCUUCUAAACUUUUGCAAAUACGGUUUAGAAACCGUUUUCCUGAAAACUUUUAA